AUGGUUCAGGGGUUGAGGGCACUCAAAUCGGCGCUAGUGGAAUACGUCAAGAGAUGCGUUGCUGAGAGGCGGUCGGCGCCGGCCAAUCACCCUACUGGGCCAAGUACCAACCCCCUCGACGACGACGGAAUCGAAACUAAGACGGCGUCUCAAGCUGGCGUGGAUCGCCCGGCGUAUUCCGGCGCGCACGACACUAGAACUAGCGGUCAUGUUGGCGGCGGUGGCGAGGCCGACUUGGAGGAGGAGGAUGAAGAGGAGGAGGAGGAGCGUGCAGGGAAGAAGGCUGUUGGUGCUGAGGCGGACACAGACGCCGACCACGGUGCUGGUCGUGACCCGACGUCGACCGGCGGGACAGGCGCAACUGCAGCGUCGGCUGGGGACAAGUCUCGUAGGAAGGCGCCGGUGCAUGGUCAGCCUGCGUCGACCACAUCUUCAAAGUCGGCGUUUGCAGCCGCACUUGCUCACGUGAAGCGACUGGAAGAGGAGAACAAGAAACUGAGGGACGAGAAUGCGGGGCUGCGGUCGGAUCUGGUUACCGAGAGGGGUCGGACGGAGGGGUUGUUGGCGACGGCGGCUGAGUGCCUCGCGGCUGUCAAGUCGCUUACCGAACGCGUCGCCGCCGCCGAGCAGACCGCGGGGACACACAUCUCCACAGCCACAGCAGCCAUGACCGGCGUCUUCACCAAGGUGCUGGAUGAUCGGGUUGCUCCGGUCAAGGCGUGCAGCAGCAUGGCGACGCCGUUGUUGGGGGAAAUCACAAAGGGCUUGGACAAGCUGGCCGUCGCCCGCCGUGAUGCCGACGUGCGGUUGGGGAACCACGUGACCAGCGUGGGGGAUAACGUUAAGGCGGUGUUGGCCGAUUACAUCCAGACCAAGUUAGCCUCAACUUCCACCAACAUCGUCGGCAGCUUAUCCCGCAGCAUCGCGCCGCCCCCGCCCGGUCCAUCCCCCGCGCUGCCUGAAGAAGUCAUCAAAGCAAUGAGGGAUGACAUUGUUCAGGCGGUAACCGCCGUCACGCAGCAGGCGCUGGGAACCGUCGGCUUCACGCUUCUGCCCAACGUGCUUGCUACAAUGAGGCUGGGGCGGCGUGGUUCGUCCCCGUCGGCCGGCGACCUGGAGACCGCGCAAAGGCAAAGGCCGGAUAAAAGGGCUGGCAGCGGAAGUGCAGCCGACGGCGACAACGCGGGAAAUUCGAAGCGGAGUAAAGGUGUUGGUGGGGAGCGAGCAGUCGGCGGCGACGUUCCAGAUCGUGCCCAGUCCGGUUCUCCCGUCCUCGACAUGCUGAGGAGAAAAGGGGCGACAACUCGGCUCCUUGGCCCGCAAAGUAGAGGCGGAGCCGGCGGCAGCUCGGAGGGCAGGACUGCCGCCGAGGAGGGUGUGCGAGCCGGCGGGUCUUCCACUCACGGCGGUGGAAGGAAAGGUCCGGAGAUUCCACGUCCUGGAGCAAGCGAGGUAGCACCACCGCCGUCCGAUCGUGGUAACGUCGCCGUUGAAUCGGUUGAAGUGCAGGCCGACGCGGCGAUACCUACCAUCAACACGGCGACCGGUGCCAGUACCAACGCCGGGUUGUUCCCGACAGGCGUUGAUCGCGGGCCGCCAUUCGAAGUUGAGGCUCCGUUAAUCGGCGAUCAGACUCACCAGGUUCCUGUGGUCGGCGUGGGGGGGGACACGGGCGCCCUCGGCGUGGAGGACACGGGCGAUCUCGGCGUGGAGGAUGAUCCCGUGGCGAGAGCGUUGAUGGAGGAGCUUCUUGCUUUUCAGGCGCCAUCGCAGCAGCAGCCCGUCGCCAUCGACAACGCCGCUGUCCCAACAACUCGCGGGGGGGCGCAACCUGUCGCCGGUACAGCACCAACAGCCCCGGUCUCGGCCGAUGUCAACGCGCAUCACACGGCAGCACCAUCUGCUGAUCCGCCGACAACUGGGCCCGUCGCAGCGCCAACCACGGGGCAAGACAACGCCGGUCAGACCCUCACGGACCCGGUCGCGGCCAUGCUUCUGGCCGCGGUCAACUCGUUUCAAGCGGCGGCACCUUCAUCGCAUCCGCCAACUACUGUCACCAGCGCAGCGCCAACCAUGCAGCUCCCUGCCGCUGUUGCCACGCCGUCGGACCCAGUCUCGGACAUGCUGAUGGCCGAGGUCAACGCGCUUUCAGCAGGUGCACAAUCCGCUCAACCGCAGACUCACGGCACGCGUAUUGCGCCGACCACGGUCGGCGCGGCGUCCGGACAAGGUGAUUGGGGCGCGGUGGCAGGAGACGAUGGUGCGGGGGAGAUCCCUCUCAUCAUCGAGGACGAGGAUGUGGAAUUGAUACAAGCGGCGAUGGAAGCAGACGAAGUUGCCGCACUUCAGUCUGUGGGAGGUACGUCGGGCAUCAGUGGCGUGGAGGGUCGGCCUGCCAGUGUUACAGCGUCCACCCAGGCCGGGCAGACCGUGCAGCCGGCCCGUCUGGCGUCCACCGGCGUCAGUGUAGCCGGCCAGGCUGUUCCGCCCAUUCAGAGUCAUCCUGCCGGCUUCAUACAGGUGGAUAGGGCCUUCCAGACCGGCCCGACCGGCGUCAGUGGAGCUGACCAGGCUGGUCUGGCGGGACCGUCCACUCGGCCCACCGCCGUUACAGUGGCUACUCAGGCCGUCCAGGCUGUUCCGCCCAUACAGAGUCAUCCUGCCGGCUUCAUACAGGUGGAUAGGGCCUUCCAGACCGGCCCGAGCGGCGUCACUGGUUCUGACCAGGCUGGUCUGGCGGGACAGUCCACUCGGCCCACCGCCGUUACAGUGGCUACUCAGGCCGGCCAGGCCGGGCCUUCGGACAGGUCGGCGGGCGUCACUGUUGCGGACCUGGCGGGUCAGGCGGGGACGUCCACUGUUCUGGCCGGUGGACCAGUGGGUGAACACGCCGACAAGGAUGGACAGACCGAUCGUGCGGCUGGAGUCGGCGAAAAAAAGCCGAAACGGAAGGGUAAAGCCGCCGCGUCGCAGAAGGCCGUCGUUCCGAAAGAUCGCAGGGGGCAUGGUAUUAGGCUGGACAGGACGAGCGGUGGCGAGUGGCAGGGCGAGGUAAACCUGGCUGGAAAGAGUCGCUACACGGGGAGAUCGGACGACAGGAUGGAAGUGGCGUACCUCAACGGCGUUGCGACGACCAUCUUCGACGGACACGCCAGCCAAGUCUUGUUGGCCGAAAUGACCGGCGUUAAAGCCGAAGAAAUGACGCGGUGGAAGGCGGAGUGGGAGGAGGCGAAGGUGAUGCCGAAGGGUAUGUGGACGGUGAUGUGGUCCCGCGGCGCCACCAUGUUUCGUGCACGGUUCCAGAAAGUCCUCGCCGACUUCAAACAGAAGAAGUCAUCAGGGCCCCCGCUGAUGAAAGUGCUGAGGCCGGCGGUGUGGUUCGGCACUGGUUGGGAGCCGGCCAAGCGCAAGCAGCAGCUCAGCGACAUCAUCAACCGCGCUUGCUUGUGCGCGGCGUUUGGGCCAGUCGCGGCAGAUGCCGUCCCCAAAACUGGUGCAGAUGCCAAGCGCAUAGGCCAAGCUGUCGCUGCUUCAUCUUGCGCCGUCUGGUGCUUCGCCGAGACCGUGGCCGAGGUCGGCAAUGCGGCGGGUGAAGCGAAGGCGGCGGCACUGCUAUGUGAAGCGAGCACCGAUUUUGCUGACACUUGUCACGACGUCGUGGUUGCGGUGCUAGAAACGGCGGUUGCGAGACAACCCGUCCUGGGAGAGGUCUCGUGCAACGUCACCGACGCACUGCAGAAGGAUGCUCUUCGGAAGGCGUGCAAGGGCUGUGACCCCACACCCGACGCCGGGAUUAUCGCGAGGGCGACUAUCGAGACCCUCACUUUCUGGGGGUCGUGCAACGCCGGCGGCCCCCUUCUCCGAGCACGCGACAUUCAAGUGCCGCUGGACAAGCAGAUGGAGAAGGAUAUGGAUAACAGGGGAAAGAAGGGACAGAAGGGGAAGCACGCCGCGUAG